ACUUAAAAAAUAAACAUAUGGUUUCUGGUGUAGAGUGGCCUCUGUUUCCUUUCUUCUUUUUUUCUGAUCUUAAUUUUCUCUCACCUCGUGAUAGGAGAACUUGGUUUUAAUUUAGAGUAAAGAGAUUAUCCUUGGUGGUGAGUGGAAUCUUGGAAUGGCUUCUGUCUUUCUGUUUGUUUUCCUUUUUCUCUCCCACCUUGUGUUUCUUUAUUCGGCUGUAGGAGAAGUGAUAUACCCCCCAGGCUGUCCACCCUUUGUUUGCGGAACAGUCGGCAUGAUUCGUUUUCCUUUCGCCGAUGACACAAGCCCAGAAUGCGGUUUGCUCAUCUUACAUGAUUGCGGAGAUCCACGUCAAAUGAAAACCCCGAAGAUCAAACUGGAGAGGAAUGGAACACUACUGUCGUACGAUGUUGAAACCAUCUCUCAGGCUAAUAUCAUACAAUUCAAGGACCCACAAUUGCAGUCUGUGUUGGAUUCCAAUCGUUGCGAAUCCUUAAAAAAUUGGCCUCUUCCCAGUCCCAGAUCUCCAUUCAUCUCUUUUCAUCUAGUCUCACGCAACCUGAACCUGUUCAAAUGCGACCGCACUCUCAAUAUUCCUCCCCCUACAGGUUUUAAUAGAACAAAUUGCAGUAACUAUGACAUCUAUUAUAGUCCUCCACAUUAUAAUUUAACCCUCGCUCCACCUAAAUGUCCAAUCAUUCAGCUCCCAUGGAACUGGCAAUAUAAAGGUAAUGACCUGUUUAGAUUGUUAUCUGCCAAGAUUUCUCUUGAAGUGCGUGUGACUGAAGAUUGUCGCGAGUGUCAUAGCGAAGGAGGUCAAUGUAAGACUGACAACAAAGGAGAAUCUUAUUGUACCAAAGGAACGAAAGGGAAUAAUAGAAGCAGGGUAGUACUAAUGAUAGCAUUAGUCACUUCAUUUGCUGGAAUUGGAGUUCUGAUGGUCAUAAUUUGCUACUUCUUGGGAUUGCUCUCAUUUACUAAAACUAUUUUUCUUUGGAAAAAGCAAACUCUAACCUAUCAGAGUGUAGAAGCCUUUAUAAAGAAUCACGGUCCACUUGGUAUUAGAAGAUACAGUUAUUUAGAUAUAAAGAAAAUGACCAACACUUUCAAAUAUAAACUGGGGCAAGGGGGCUAUGGUGGUGUAUACAAGGGGAAGUUAAAAGAUGGUCGUUUUGUGGCUGUGAAAGUUUUGAAAGAAUCAAAAGGUAAUGGAGAGGAAUUCCUAAAUGAGGUUGCAAGCAUUAGUAGAACCUCUCAUGUUAACAUUGUCACUCUUAUGGGCUUUUGCUUUGAAUAUUCUAAAAGAGCUCUGAUCUAUGAGUUUAUGCCAAAUGGAUCUCUUGAAAAGUUCAUAUAUAAAGAUUUUUCCACAAAUGUUGAUCGUCAAUUGGCGUGGGAAACAUCAUACAAGAUUGCAGUUUGUAUUGCUCGGGGAUUAGAAUACUUGCAUAGAGGUUGCAACACACGAAUCUUGCAUUUUGAUAUAAAGCCUCACAACAUUCUUUUGGAUGAGAACUUUUGCCCUAAGAUUUCUGAUUUUGGCCUUGCAAAAAUAUGCUCUAGAGAAGAGAGCAUCAUAUCAAUGGUUGGAGCAAGAGGGACUAUAGGAUAUAUAGCUCCAGAACUAUUUUGUAGAAAUUUUGGAGGGGUCUCUCACAAGUCAGAUGUCUACAGUUAUGGAAUGAUGAUUUUAGAAAUGAUUGGGGGAAGAAAGAAUAUUGAUGUUAGCGUUGAUCGUACUAGUGAAAUAUAUUUUCCACAUUGGAUUUACAAACGUCUUGAACUAGAUAAAGAACUAGGAUUGCAAGGCCUCAUUAACAAAGAGGAUGAAGAAAGUGCAAGGAAGAUGAUAAUAGUGAGUUUGUGGUGCAUACAGACUGAUCCCUCAAACCGACCAUCAAUGAGUAAAGUGGUGGAUAUGUUGGAAGGAAGCCUUGAUUUCUUGCAAAUGCCUCCCAAGCCUUUCUUGUCUUCCCCACCAAGAACUCCAGUAGAUUCUUCAACUGCAACGAUUUUGUUAUGAUAUGUCUCUAUUUUGUCCAAAAAUGCAUUUCUUCUUUUGAAGGAAACCUAAUGAAACAGUGCUAGUGAAGAUCUUUGUGAAUUAUUUUUAUUUUGAGCUUAUAGAUGAAGAGCCUUUAAUGAUUAUUUACAAUA